GUAGUGAUUCUGCCACAAUGGUGAACUGCCUUCACAUCUUAGCUCAGUCUCUUGACACACGAACUGUUAUGAAAUCAGGAUCUGAGCUUGUUAAAGCUGGAUUGCGUGCCUUUUUUGAAAAUGCAGCUGAAGACCUGGAAAAAACUUCAGAAAAUCUUAAACUUGGAAAAUUUACUCAUUCACGAACACAAAUGAAGGGUGUUUCACAGAAUAUCAAUUAUACUACCGUAGCAUUGUUACCGAUCUUGACAUCAAUUUUUGAACAUAUUGCACAAUAUCAGUUUGGAAUUGAUUUACUUUUGGGCGAUGUACAAGUUUCAUGUUACAGAAUUCUUUGUAGCCUCUAUUCUCUUGGGACUGGGAAGAACAUCUAUGUUGAAAGGCAGCGUCCUGCACUUGGUGAAUGCUUAGCCUCUCUUGCAGCAGCCAUUCCAGUAGCAUUCCUUGAACCUUCUCUCAACAAUUACAACCCAUUGUCUGUCUUCAACACAAAAAGCGCAAGAGAAAGAGCGAUUUUAGGUAUGCCUGAUACUGUAGAAGAGAUGUGUCCAGAGAUCCCUCAGUUGGAUGGACUAAUAAAGGAAAUCAAUGAUUUAGCAGAGUCUGGAGCAAGAUACACUGAAAUGCCUCAUGUAAUUGAGGUUAUCUUACCCAUGCUAUGCAACUAUUUAUCCUACUGGUGGGAAAGAGGGUCUGAGAGUGUUCCUCAAAGUGCUGGGCCUUGCUGUACAAUGAUAACGUCUGAGCACCUGAGCAUCGUUCUUGGAAACAUUUUGAAAAUCAUUAACAACAAUCUGGGAAUAGAUGAAGCAUCUUGGAUGAAAAGAAUUGCAGUUUAUGCUCAGCCCAUCAUCAGCAAAGCUAGACCUGAUCUACUCAAAUCUCACUUUAUUCCAACGCUUGAGAAAUUGAAGAAGAAAGCUAUAAAGAUUGUGAUGGAAGAGGAGCAGCUGAGAGCAGAUAGUAAAAGUGACACCCAAGAAGCCGAGCUGCUCAUUCUAGAUGAGUUCGCUGUUCUUUGUAGAGAUCUUUAUGCCUUCUAUCCAAUGUUGAUACGUUACGUAGACAACAACAGACCCAAUUGGCUAAAGAAACCAGAUGCAGAUUCUGAUGAACUCUUUCGAAUGGUAGCUGAAGUUUUUAUCCUGUGGUGUAAAUCACAUAAUUUCAAAAGAGAAGAACAGAAUUUUGUGAUUCAGAAUGAAAUCAACAAUUUGGCAUUUUUAACAGGAGAUACAAAAAGCAAGAUGUCUAAAGCCAUGCAAGUAAAGUCUGGAGGACAAGAUCAAGAGAGAAAGAAAUCAAAACGUAGAGGGGAUUUGUACUCAAUACAAACAUCCUUGAUCGUGGCUGCACUUAAAAAGAUGCUUCCUAUUGGUUUGAAUAUGUGUACCCCUGGAGAUCAAGAGCUCAUCUCUCUGGCUAAGACUAGAUACAGCCAUAGAGACACAGAUGAUGAAGUCAAAGAACAUUUACGUAACAACUUACAUUUACAGGAAAAGUCUGAUGAUCCAGCUGUGAAAUGGCAGUUGAAUCUGUACAAAGACAUUUUGAAGAGUGACGAACCUACUGACCCUGAGAGAAAUGUGGAACGUGUGCAGAGGAUAUCAGCUGCUCUCUAUCAUCUGGAGCAGGUUGAACAACCUCUGAGAUCAAAGAAAGCUGUCUGGCACAAACUCCUGUCAAAGCAACGCAAAAGGGCUGUGGUUGCAUGUUUCAGAAUGGCACCAUUAUACAACCUGCCAAGGCACCGUUCUAUUAACCUCUUCCUCCAUGGCUAUCAGAACUAUUGGAUAGAAACAGAGGAAUAUUCCUUUGAGGAGAAACUAGUUCAGGAUUUGGCUACACCUCCAAAAAAAGAGGAAGAGGAAGAGGAAGAGACUGAGAAAAAUCAUCCUGAUCCACUUCAUCAGAUUAUCCUCUAUUUCAGUCACAGUGCUCUCACAGAGCGCAGCAAACUAGAAGAUGAUCCUUUAUACAUUGCCUAUUCCGCCAUGAUGGCAAAGAGCUGUCAGGAAGAAGAAGAGGAGGAAGAAGAAGAAAAAGAAAAGACAUUUGAGGAGAAAGAAAUGGAAAAACAGAGAACUCUCUAUCAGCAAGCUCGUUUACAUGAUCGUGGAGCUGCUGAGAUGGUCCUUCAGAUGAUUAGUGCAAGCAAAGGUCAUACAGGGCCCAUGGUUGUUGAAACACUAAAACUUGGUAUUGCUAUUCUGAAUGGUGGGAAUACCAUAGUUCAACAGAAAAUGCUGGACUACCUGAAGGAGAAAAAGGAUGCUGGAUUUUUUCAAAGUCUCUCUGGCUUGAUGCAGUCCUGCAGUGUUCUUGAUUUGAAUGCGUUUGAGAGACAAAAUAAAGCAGAAGGCCUAGGAAUGGUUACUGAAGAAGGAACUCUCAUCGUUCGUGAGCGUGGUGAAAAAGUGUUGCAGCAUGAUGAAUUUACUCGAGAUCUAUUUAGGUUUUUACAACUUCUCUGUGAAGGACAUAACAAUGAUUUUCAAAACUACUUACGUACUCAGAUGGGCAACACCACAACAGUGAAUAUUAUCAUUAGUACAGUUGACUAUCUCUUGCGUCUUCAGGAAUCAAUCAGUGACUUCUAUUGGUACUAUUCAGGAAAGGAUGUCAUUGACGAGUCAGGACAACGUAACUUCUCUAAAGCUUUGGCUGUCACCAAACAAAUAUUCAAUUCCCUUACAGAAUAUAUCCAGGGCCCUUGCAUAGGUAAUCAACAGAGCCUGGCGCAUAGCAGGCUGUGGGAUGCAGUUGUUGGCUUUCUUCAUGUCUUCGCCAAUAUGCAGAUGAAACUUUCACAGGACUCUGCUCAGAUUGAACUGCUUAAAGAACUGCUGGAUCUGCUAAAGGAUAUGGUAGUGAUGCUCUUGUCACUGCUUGAAGGUAACGUUGUAAAUGGAACUAUUGGAAAACAAAUGGUAGACACGCUUGUAGAAUCAUCUAGCAAUGUAGAAAUGAUUUUGAAGUUUUUUGACAUGUUCCUCAAGUUAAAAGAUCUGACUAACUCAGAUGCUUUCAAAGAGUAUGACCCAGAUGGUAAAGGCAUCAUUUCAAAGAAGGAAUUCCAGAAAUCAAUGGAGGCUCAAAAACAAUACAUACAGUCAGAGAUUGAAUUCCUGCUGUCCUGUGCAGAAGCUGAUGAAAAUGAUAUGUUUAACUAUGUUGAUUUUGUGGAAAGAUUCCAUGAACCAGCCAAAGACAUUGGAUUUAAUGUAGCAGUAUUGCUAACAAACCUUUCAGAGCACAUGCCUAAUGACUCGCGCCUUCAGACCUUACUUGAACCUGCAGAAAGUGUUCUUAAUUACUUUGAACCAUACCUUGGCCGCAUUGAAAUUAUGGGUGGAGCCAAGAAAAUAGAACGAGUUUACUUUGAAAUCAGUGAAUCCAGCAGAAUGCAGUGGGAGAAGCCACAGGUGAAGGAAUCCAAAAGACAGUUCAUAUUUGAUGUUGUAAAUGAAGGUGGAGAGCAAGAGAAAAUGGAACUUUUUGUGAAUUUCUGUGAAGACACAAUCUUUGAAAUGCAGUUAGCAUCCCAGAUAUCUGAAACGGAUUCAUCUGAGAGGCCUGAGGAAGAGGAAGAGGCAGAGCCUUGUUACGUAGUAGAUAUUGGAGAUGAUGAGGAAGAAGAAAAGUCCCUGGAAUCACCUUCAGCUUUUGCAAUGGCCUGUGUUGCAGUGAAGAAGAACAUUGCGAACUUUUUAAAAAUGGUCACUGUGAAGAACCUAAGGAAACAAUACAGGAAAGUUAGGAAGAUGACAGUAAAAGAGAUGGUGAAAGUGUUUUUUUGCUUUUUCUGGAUCCUAUUUGUGGGUAUGUUCCAACUGUUCUUUACUAUAGUGUGGGGAAUUUUCCAGAUUCUUUGGAGCACUGUAUUUGGAGGUGGCCUGGUUGAAGGAGCCAAAAAUAUUAAAGUUACUAAAAUAUUAGGGGACAUGCCUGACCCAACACAGUUUGGAAUCCAUGAUGAUGUCAUGGAAGCAGAAAAAGUUGAAGGCGCCGAGCAUGCUAUCAGAAGUGACCUUGUGCAGUUUGUGAAGGGUGAAAAGGGAGAAGCUGACAUCAUCGCGGACAUUUUUGGCAUUCAAACCAAGAAAGAAAGUGGCUCAAAACAUGGUCAUGAUGCUGGACUUGGAGAUAUUGCAGAAAUCCUUGGUACUGAUAUCCAGACACCUUUGGAAAACACUGUUCGUAAGAAGAAAGGAUUACAGAUAUCCGAAAUUGCAAAAGCUGAAACAGAAAGGAAAGCAGAAGCUGAGAAGGCUGACAUGGAAGAUGGUGAGAAACAAGAUAAAGCAAAGGAAGUACAAUCUGAGCAGCCAGAAGAGGGAAAAACAAAGAAAAAGAAGCGAAGGCAUGGGCAAAAAAUUGAGAAACCGGAGGCUGUUAUGGCAAACUUCUUCAAAGCUUUGGAAAUUUAUCAAACAAAGAUGCUUCACUACUUGGCAAGAAAUUUCUAUAAUUUAAGGUUUCUUGCUCUGUUUGUUGCGUUUGCCAUCAACUUUAUUCUUCUCUUUUACAAGGUGACAGAAGAGCCACUAGAUGAAGUAGAAGACGACUCUAAUCUCUGGAACUCUUUUGACGAAGAGGAAGAGGAUGAGGGCAUGGUGUUUUUUGUCUUAGAAGAAAGCACAGGUUACAUGGCACCUGCUCUCAGAGCCCUGGCAGUUGUUCAUACUGUCAUCUCCUUUGUCUGUGUGAUUGGAUACUACUGCUUAAAGGUCCCUCUGGUUGUAUUCAAGAGAGAGAAGGAAGUAGCUAGAAAGUUGGAAUUUGAUGGACUGUACAUAACUGAACAGCCCUCUGAAGAUGACAUUAAAGGACAGUGGGAUCGCCUGGUUAUCAAUACUCCGUCCUUUCCUAACAAUUACUGGGACAAAUUUGUAAAACGGAAGGUUAUUAACAAGUACGGAGACUUAUAUGGAGCAGAGCGCAUAGCAGAACUUCUGGGUUUGGACAAAAAUGCCCUUGAUUUUAGUCCAGUGGAGGAGAGUGAUCCAGAAGAGGCAUCUCUGGUAUCAUGGUUAAGCUCCAUUGAUACAAAGUACCACAUUUGGAAGCUCGGAGUUGUUUUCACUGAUAAUUCCUUUCUGUACCUGGCCUGGUACACCACCAUGUCCAUCCUCGGGCACUACAACAACUUCUUCUUUGCUGCUCAUCUGCUGGAUAUUGCUAUGGGCUUCAAGACACUGCGAACCAUUUUGUCUUCAGUCACUCACAAUGGCAAACAGCUCGUGCUUACUGUAGGACUCCUGGCUGUCGUAGUGUAUCUUUACACUGUUGUGGCGUUUAACUUCUUCCGCAAAUUUUACAACAAAAGUGAAGAUGAAGAUGAACCAGACAUGAAAUGUGAUGACAUGAUGACCUGUUACCUUUUUCACAUGUAUGUGGGUGUAAGAGCUGGCGGUGGCAUUGGAGAUGAGAUUGAAGAUCCUGCUGGAGACCCUUAUGAAAUGUAUCGAAUUGUCUUUGACAUUACAUUUUUCUUCUUUGUCAUUGUUAUCCUACUGGCCAUUAUUCAAGGUCUCAUUAUUGAUGCUUUUGGUGAAUUAAGAGACCAGCAAGAACAAGUGAGAGAAGAUAUGGAGACCAAAUGUUUCAUUUGUGGAAUUGGCAAUGACUAUUUUGACACAACCCCACAUGGCUUUGAAACACAUACUUUGCAAGAACACAACCUGGCAAACUAUCUGUUCUUUUUGAUGUAUCUCAUCAACAAGGAUGAAACUGAGCAUACUGGCCAGGAGUCAUUUGUGUGGAAAAUGUACCAAGAAAGAUGUUGGGACUUUUUCCCAGCAGGGGACUGCUUCCGGAAACAAUACGAGGAUCAACUUGGCUAG